AUGCUUGUGAACACUGUCACAGCCAAACACUGUUCAACUUCCAGGGCUGCUGGGUGGGUGGUGCUGCCAUACCAACGACCUGGCGUCGCUCCGCUGCGGGUUGCCUCCUGGACGGCUGGGGGCAACCUUUCAUUGCAUCGGCCACUCUUCUGGAACAAAUUUAACAAACUGUCUGGAGAGGCAGAGUUGGUGGUGGCGAUGGAACGGAACCACAGGCAUAAAAUGGAAGAACAAUCAGACCCGACGGCUCCUGACGGCGUGAGGGUGCAAUUCAAGGGAUUCAUGGUCACCGUCCUCGAUUAUUUGGCGCAAGGACUCAACUUCUCGUACGCGUUCCGGAGGCCACCAGACGGAUCGUGGGGCGUGAAGGAGCGUGACGGUACCUUCACUGGCAUGGUGGGCCAGGUGUACAGACAGGAAGUUGAUUUCGGUUUGGGACCCUUCGCCAUAAACGCUCCCCGAUUAGAGGCCACUGACUUCACUUGGCCGGUUACCCUCAUGUCUGUCAAAGUGCUCGCCGGUCGAGGGAGUGUCGAGGUGGACCCAUGGGGCUUUGUGCUGCCCUUUGGUCCGUGGGUGUGGGCUGCAGUGCUUGCUUUUCUCUUGCUGCUGUCUGUCGGUUCUUCCCUCCUUUCCUUCAAGUUCUCAGAGAAAGAUUUAAGAGAGGAAAGCUUUGCUUUCGUUAACAUUAUGCUCCGACAGUCCGUGUGGGUGGGUGAGGGCGGGUGGUGGUGGCAGCGCGUGGUGCUGGGCGUGUGGAUGCUGAUGACCAUGGUGCUGACGCGGAGCUACGAGGGCAACCUUAUGUCGCUGCUGGCCGUGAGACACCUGCCCCAGCCCUACCAGACCCUCAGGGACGUGGUGGACGACCCCUCGGUGGUCAUGGUCUGGGAAAAGCAAGGAGCGCCUAUGCAGGCGGUUAUAGAUGCCACUUCCGGUAUAUUCCACGAGGUGAAGAGGAGUGAGGAGCAAGGGCGCCUCAAGCCUCUACCAUUAUAUGCGUAUUCCUCCAUCUUGGAUGAUAUUAUAUACCAAUGGAAAGUGAUUAUCGACUAUGAAGUAGUACUGACGGUCACCAGAAGCAAUUACUUCUCUCGCACAGGUCGAUGUGACUUGUACCUUGCGCAGGAGAGAAUUUUUGCUCAUCCCCUCGCCUUGAUCGGCCAGAAGGACAGCCCUCUCGUCCUAGCCGUCAGUGCUCGGAUAAUCUCCAUGACCGAGGCUGGACUGUACGUACACUGGAACUCUGCAACUAUUCCCAACUCCAGCGCCUGUGCCCAAGUGCCGACCAAGAUCACCAUCAGCUCGUCUCUCUCCCUCAGGCAGUGCUGGGCCAUGCUUGUGCUACUGUUAGGAGGACUGGCGGUCGGCCUCGCCACCUUCUUCUUGGAAGUAAUGAUGGUUGGAACCUUGGGUCGCUGAGCUCAACGGUAAUGGACCCCGGCAUGUUGUUACGUCCGCGCGCGC